AAGCAUUUAAAGUGUUUAAAGUUUUUACAACUGUUCAGAUAGCUUUAAAUGUGAAUUUAACGUUAUAAUAUCUCAUUUACCAUUCAAUAAUGUUAUUUAUUUUUGUGAGUAAAUCACACACAAAAGGUGUAUGUCAGUCUGGCGGUUGAUGUCAUACACUGAUAAUUCUGUGCAGCGCUGCUUCUAGAACGCGUUUAAUGGCCUGACAGUUAUUAAAAAUGCUCCAAGUAACGUUACUCUAAAAGCCGACCUCUGGGCACAUCUUGACUUUUAUGAAAAACCUGAGGAACAACUGGUAAAGCAGCUGAGAACCACAUGACAAAGAUGGCUUUUAUUAAAGAGGAGAGUGAAGACACGAGGAUUGAAGAAACAUUCAGAUUCAAACAUGAAGAUACUGAGGAACAAAAAGACUUGAUGGCUUUGAAAGAGGAGAGACCAGAAUCAAAUGAAAAAGAAGAGAAAGACCAUUGUGAAAAACAACAUGAUUCCAUAAAUGGAGAAAAAUCUUUUAGUUGCACACAUACAUCUUCACAAAAAAAAGUUCAAAUGAAUAGAAGUAAUUUCACCUGCUUCCAGUGUGGAAAAAGUUUCACUCGAAAAGGAAACCUUAAAGCCCACAUGAAAAUUCACGCCAGUGAGAAGCCAUACACAUGCUCCCAGUGCGGAAACAGUUUUACAUGUAAAGGAACCCUUAAUAACCACAUGAGAACUCACACUGGAGAGAGACCUUACACCUGCAAACAGUGUGGGAACAGCUUCUCGCGAAAAGGAAGUCUUAAUAUCCACAUGAGACUUCACACUGGAGAAAAACCUUAUACAUGCCCUCAGUGUGGAAACAGUUUUACAUGUAAAGGAUCCCUUAAAACCCACAUGAGAAUUCACACUGGAGAGAAGCCUUACAACUGCAAACUGUGUGGGCACACUUUUUCACGAAAAGAAAGUCUUAAGACUCACAUGAGAAUUCACACCAAAGAAAAACCUUAUACAUGCCCUCAGUGUGGAAAGAGUUUCACACGUAAAGGAACCCUUAAUGGCCACAUAAGAUGUCACACAGGACCUCACUUCUCACAAACGGAAGGUCUUAAGACUCCCAUCAAAAAUCACACUGGAGAGAAACCAAGGAGUUCAACAAACAGGAAACGCCUUAAGAAUCAUGUAGAAACUGACAUUAGAAAGAAGCCUUUUAUCUGCCAUCACUGUGGAAAGAGUUUCACACUUAAUGGAAACCUCAAGGUUCACAUGAGGAUUCACACUGGAGAGAAGCCUUACACGUGUGAUCAGUGUGGAAAGAGUUUCAGACAUAACGUAACGCUUAAUUACCACAUGAGGAUUCACUCGAGAGAGAACAGUUUUCAGUGUCGUCAGUGUAGAAAGAGUUUCACAGACAGUAAAGAACUAAAGACUCAUGUAAUUGCUCACCAUAAAAACCCUGGAGCAGAUACUUUCAUUUGCAGUUACUGUGGAAAGCCUUGCAUAAACACAGCAAACCUUGAGAUUCACAUCCGAGUUCACACUGGAGAGAAGCCUUUUAAAUGCAUCCAGUGUGGAAAGUGUUUCUCGCUUAAAGGAAACCUUCACACUCACAUGAGGGUUCACACUGGAGAGAAACCAUUCAAGUGUCUUCAGUGUGAGAAGAGUUUCAGAUAUCAAAGAGGCUUGAAAUGUCAUUUGAAAACUCACUCUAGAAAGAAAUUGCAGAGUUCUGAGAGUGACAAGAAGUUUCGAAAAAGAAGCGAUUUAAAAAAUCACCUGCACAUUCGCUCUAGAGGAAAGGGAUUUAAUUCUGCUCAGUGCAACAAAAAAAUUCUAUUGCCGUCACACUUACUGAUGCAUCUGAAAAGUCAUGCCUAUAUGAGACCCUAUUGGUGUUCUACAUGUGGAAAGAGUUUUAAAUGGCUCAGCAAUUUAAAAUGGCACGAGAAAAUAUGUAUUAAGCUAUAUUUCAAAUGUUUCAAACGUCACUCAUUCAUAUGAUUGAGUUUAAAACAUCCAAAAUUUUAAUUCUUAGUUUAAUUAAGUUUAUUAACAAUUAACAUUGUAAAAUAUCAUUCAAAGUUGUAGAUUGCUGUGAAAUGCCACAGUGUAAUGAAAAUGAUCAAUCAUAAAUGAAAAGACAUAAAUGGAAUGAAAUAAUACAAAUUGUAUUAUCUGGUUCAAUUUGUGUUUUAAACGUUUUCGUUUAACCUGAAUUUGGCUACUGUUGGGGUCCCUGUGAUGACAUCUUGAAGCUGGUCCAAGUCGUGGGUUAUCUUACAGCUAAACUCACACAAUCUUAUGUUGCAGCCUGAUGCUAAAGUGAUUUAAACCAAAAACUAGAAAUACAAAGAAGGUUAACACAUUGGCUUGUCCAGCCUGAAAGAUAAGCUUUUUAAAUUAUAUUCGAGCAUAAGAAACAACAUUCAUGAGGCAGUUCAUUUCCGAUUUUGUUGCUGAUUUGAAAUAUGCAAAUUCAUUGCAAUUAAUUGCAAAUUCAGCGAAGAGUUUUUGAGAUUUCAGGAUUUUCUCAUUCUUUUAGAUAGGACUUGGUCUUGUUUGGGCUGCCCAGAGGCGUUGCAAAAAUGGCCACAGGGUUAACAGACUUUCCUUGAAAGGGACUUUGUUUAAACAGCACCCCCCAUAAAGCAUUAAGGGACAUGACCACAAACUCAUUGUUAACUAUUGUAAAUAAUUAAUUCACAAAAUUUACCAUAUGCAUUCCAUAAUUUUUAAUCACAUUUGUCAUUAUAAUUUUUACUAAAAUAAAAAUAUAUUGUCAUUAUCAUUUUUACUAAAAUAAAAAUAUCUUAUCAAACGAGUCACUGCUCCGAAUGUGUG